GUACCAGAACUUAAGGCAAAAGAAGAACCUUAAGAACCUAUAGAAGAAGAGGUUGAAAAAAUUGAUGAAAAUGAAACAGCAAUGGACAAAUCAGAAGACGUUCAACUUGAAGAAGAGGUGGUGGAAUCUCCACAGUUGAUAUCUGUUUAUGAUGAUACCGGAGAUUUGCUUGGUUUGCAUGAAAUAAAUCAAAAAGCUAUACAAUUAGAGGAAAGCAACGCAUUAGCUCUUGCAAUUGUUCCAACAGAUAAUGGUAAUUUAUCUUCAUCAAGUGAUGCUUUGAGUGCACUUGUUGGGCCAAAUGCAACAGGAUGGGAGCUAGCACUUGUUACUGCACCAAGUAACAAUACUAGUCAUGUGACAGGCAGCCAAUUGGCUGGUGGAUUUGAUAGGCUAUUACUAGAUAGCUUAUAUGAAGAUGAUUCUGCGAGGAGACAACUAGAAUUACAAAAUGCAGGUUAUGGAUAUGGAGGGAUGAUGACUAUAAAAAAAAAAAAAAAAAAAAAAAGAAUUCAUUGA